UUUGGUGACAGGUGAAAUGAAGCUUCAUACUAAGCCAUUUCCUGGUCCUGUAUAUGAAUAUAUCUUUUUCUUAUCAUGGUUACUGUUUAAACCAUUUUGGACAAGUUUGAAUUGCUUACUCUCAUUGGUAUUAGCCACUACUGCAGAGAGGAAAUCCCCAAACCACUUGUUUAUAAAAAGAUUUUGUUUGUUGUUGCCAUAUCUUCUCCUUACAAUAAUAUUAUCACCAUUUGCUUUAAUUGGCUACAUUCUGCGGUGUGUGGUUUAUACUAGGAGAAACCCAUAUACCCUUUCCAUACAGAAAACUUCAUCAAACCAGCAAACAAAACAUCAACUUGGUGAAAUUGGAAUUGGAACACUUAACUUAUGUUUAUUACCAGAAUAUUUAUCUAGAAGUAAUAAUUUAGCUAAUGCUUCUUAUCGUACUAAAGAAAUAGGAAAGAAAAUAAUUAUUGAUCAAAUGUAUUAUGGAGAAAGAGACACAAAUAAAGGCCUGAAAAUGAAAUCAAAUUCUUUAAAUGCUGGAGUAACAUGUCAUUUUCCUAAUAUGGACUUUGUGUGUUUACAAGAAGUAUGGCAAUCAGACUAUAGUAUGCUUUUGAAAAAUGAACUUCACAAAAUCUAUCCUUAUAUUAUAUGUGAUGUGGGAAUGUACAGUAGACAUAGUAAUUUUUACUGUUUAAAUAGUGGCUUAAUGUUUGCUAGUAAAUAUGAAAUAAUAGGAGCAGAUUUUCAACACUUUAAUUCCAGUUGUAAGCAGUGUGUUUAUUCCAGUAAAGGACUAUUAAUGGUAAAGGUUUUAUUAUGGUAUGAAAAUGUAAGAGAAGAUAAAGCAGUUGUAGGAUAUAUUUAUAUUACACAUCUACAGGCAUAUCAGGGGAAACUGAAUAUAAAUUGUAAACAAUUAGAUGAAAUAGUGAAAUGGACAAAAGAAUUCAGAGAGAAGUCAAAAAAAGACAAUGAUAUUGUAGCCUUUGAUAUUAUUUGUGGUGAUUUUAAUUUUGAUAACAUUUCUCCAGGUGAUAAAGAGGCAAGAGAACAUGAAAUAUUUAAUUUGUAUAAAGAUGAUGGUAGAGUAAAGACUGGUGUGGAUCAGGAUUGGACAAUAGGUACUGAAAUGAGACAAUUGAAUAUGUAUAAUGAAGAAGUUUUGACACCAGAAGGACUAAAGUUAUGUUUAGAUACACCUAUUAAAAGACAAGAAUAUUUAACAGAUGGUGAUAUAAUAGAAGCUAAUUUAGAUACUAUAGUUUAUACUCCACAUAAAACUACACUAAGUAAUGUUGGUGGAAAACGUAGAAUAGAUUACAUAAUACAUAAUAAACAAUGUCCUGUGGUACCAUACCAGUUUAAUUUUAUUACCAGACUAACAACUUUAACUGAUCAUAUUCCAGUUGUCAUGCAAUUCUAUAUACCAAAUAGAAAACCCACAUAGACAUGAUAUACUUUUCUUUUUGUAUUUUUUUUAAUUAAAUAUUUUCACUCAU